GGAGGAAGUGCCCGUUGCUCCUCUGUAUGAGUUUACAGUGCAGACACUGGACGGAGUUCCUGUGUCUCUGCGACAGUAUCAAGGGAAGAUCCUGCUGGUUACCAACUUGGCCACAUUCUGAGGGUCAACGAUACCACAGUUUCACAAACUGAACGUUCUAAUGGAUAACCUUUCCCAAUCCCCAUUCACUGUUUUGGGUUUUCCCUGUAACCAGUUUGGACAACAGGAUCCAGAGAAAGACCACGAGACUCUGAAUUUUCUCAAGUUUGUGCGUCCAGGAGGGGGCUUUGUUCCUAAAUUUCCCAUAUUUGGUAAGAUUGAGGUGAAUGGCGAGAAAGAGCAUCCUCUCUACACGUUUUUGAAGGUUUCAUGUCCCUUUGUCAACCCUGUCAUUGGUGACCGAACAAGGCUGCACUGGUCACCGUUGAAAGUGAGUGACGUUCGCUGGAACUUUGAGAAGUUCUUGGUUGAUCUGAAUGGGCGACCAUAUAAAAGGUACGACCUUGCUACACCAUUCGACAUUAUUGAAGAUGAUAUUUUGAUGCUGCAACACCAGAAGAGUUACGUUUAGAUUAUGUAAAGAUAGAAAUCCUUCAAUGAAAGGACCUGUUUGAGACCAAGUCUAGAAACAGAUGGAGACUACAUGAAGAGAGUUGAGG